UCUCUCUCUCUCUGUCUCUCUCUCUCUCCCUCUCCCCUGUAUCAGCCUCUCUCCCCUCCCUCUCUAUCUGUCUAUCUCGCCUUCAUUCCUGCACACACAUGAAACCGGUUCAGUGUGUGUGAGCCAUGUAAACGCUCCCGUCGGGACUGUAAAUUUACUGGAUUUAUAGGAAUCGCGGUGUGCAUCCGUUUUGCGUUGCGGCUCCGCCCGGUGUGCGGUGCAGGCUGACUGCACAGAGUUUUAUUGGAUUUGCCCGACAGCAGCGGCGGGAGAGGAGCAGUCUUACCCCACACAUAGGACAAAGGAAACGGGGGAAAAAUUAAGGAAAAAGACACGACUGCAAGGAGAGAGGAAUGAAGAUGGAUAACUAUCUCCUAACACUCGUUUUCGGGCUUUCAAUGCUAGGUGGGUGCUUGGCCCGGGUGGUGACAGUGUCUCCCGGUCCAUUGAUCCGGGUGGAGGGUCAGCCGGUGUCCAUCAGAUGCGACGUCAAUGAUUAUAUGGGACCUCGUGAGCAGGACUUCGAGUGGAUGAUGUCCAAGGACGGGAACGCGCCGAGGAUAAAGAUCAUCUCCACCUUUGACACCAGCUACUCCCACGCGUCACUAAGCAAGCGCGUCGCAUCUGGCGACAUCUCUGUGGUGCGGCUCACGGACAACGAGGUGGAGCUGAAGAUAGCGGAGGUGAAGGCGCAGGAUGCCGGUUUCUACUGGUGCCAAACGCCGAGCACUGACUCCGUCAUCAGUGGCAACUACGAGGCUCAGGUCCAGCUUAUUGUCAUCCCCAACACCCUCAAGGUUUCCCCGCAGACCCCGCCCCCGGUCGUCCCAGAGGGAAGCGACAUCACGCUCUCCUGCAACGUCACCCGGGAACUCACCCACCCCACCUACCUGUCCGUCACCUGGUUGCUGAAGAAGGGGGCGACGUCUGAGGAGAUUUUGACUUUCGGUCCUCAGGGAGGCGUGGUCACGGGGCAGAAGUACGCCCGGCGCUACGCUGACGGAGGCGUCCGAUUGGUUCCCGGGAAGAACGGAUUGUUUGAGUUGGUGAUUUCCAGAGUGACCACGUCUGAUGAAGGGAUUUAUGAAUGCAACGGAACGGAGUGGACACAUGAAAACACAGGGAAAUGGGUAAAAAUCGUGGAGAAGACAAAAGAGAUGGGGACUGUUGCUGUUACUCCUACAGGUCAGUCCCUCAGUGUGAAGGCUUCAUCCUCCUCCUCUCCCUCCGCCGCGUCACUGCUCCUCUCCCCCGGGGACACGCUGACCCUCCUCUGCUCCGUCGCCGCCGACAACCUGCCCUCCCUCGCCCUGGAAGUGACCUGGCUGGCCGACGGGCGCGAUAUCAUCACCAUGGACCGCAGCGGGGUGGUGAUCUCGAACACGUCCUCCAGCGGAGCGCAAGCGAAGCGAGGGGAGGCCAGCCUGGAGCGAACAGGAUACGAGGAGUACAGGCUGGCGGUGAGGGGGGUGAGCGGGGAGGACGGAGGGGCGUAUUCGUGCCGUAUCCGAGCAUUCAUCGAGAAGGGAGGAAGGAGCGCGGGUGGAGGAGGGAGGUGGCAUAUGGCAGCAGAGAAGACGUCCAGCCCCGUGACGGUGAAGGUGUCGCAGAUCAAACCGAGCUUCUCGCUGAACCUUGAGCCCAUCUUGAACCCCCAGAUGACUGCUGAACCCACAGAACUGGCUUGUCAUGUGACCAACAUCACACACUUCCCACCGGGGAGCCGACUGGGUGUGACCUGGGAGCACACCACACUUCCUGGUAUAGGGGAUGAUCCUCAGACCUCGCAUCCCAUCGGCACUUUGGAUGGCCAGGGCAACCUGUUGCCAGGGGCGAUGUAUUCUGACAGGCUGAAGAGUGGUGUGAUGUCACUGAGCAGAGUCCAGCCCAACACAUUCAAACUACGAUUCCUCCGCACACAGGAGAUCGACAUGGGCGAGUAUGUUUGUGCCGUGUCAGCUUGGAGCGUCAGCAGCCAGGGUGACAUGGUGAAGACCGUCGAGCACAAUAGCUCCCCGCUGACUGUACGAUGGGAUACCAAACGUCCGACUCUAAACGUUGUGGCCAAACGCAUCCGUGAAGCCUCGGCGGGCGGGGCUACCUUUGAGAUGAGCUGCGCCGUGACCACUGAGAACCUCGGGGAGGCGGGCUACUCGGUGCUCAUCCAAUCGCAGGAGAGUCUGGAGAGCAACGUGAGAACCAUCAUGACUCUCAGCCCCGACAACGUCGUGCAGCACGGUGGAGCCACUGACCCCAACAGGAGAGACAGUCUGGUUCUGACAAAGUCUGGUCCGGCAGAGUUUCGGUUUCGUCUGUCAGGUGUCCAGUUGUCCGAUCGAGGUUUCUACUGGUGCGACAUCACCGCGUGGACAAAACAGCAGCCAGGACAAACGUGGACCAAAGCCACCAGCUCCGAGUCUAACAAAGUCAGGAUCGACUUUCAAGAAAAUGGACCGUCCUUCUCCAUCGACAUCCAAUCAGACGCCAGCACUGUUUAUCCGUGGCAGACGGCCAAGAUGAAGUGUUCGCUCAGCGUCUCUGGAUCUUCACCAAAAACUGAUGAUCUGGCGUACGAGGUGCGUUGGUUUUUCACCCGCUUGCGUGGCGGAGCGACCACGACCCAGGUGGCCAGCGUCGACCGCUUCGGCGUCGUGAGGAAAGAAGAUCGUAACUCAUCCAGUGACGUUUCAAUAGAGCGCGAUGACACGCACACCUACAUGUUGAACAUUCAUGGCACUCAGGACAGUGACAGCGGCGAGUAUCACUGUGUUGCCACUCCCUGGUACCUGUCGGCCUCAACGGGAGCCUGGACUCAAGCUGGAGAGCUGACGUCAUCUCGGAUCUUCCUCACUGUCCGAUUUGCCGUGUGGGACUCCCUAAAGUUACCUCUGUUGUACGGUGUAUCAGCCUCAAUAGGUGUGGGCCUCUUCUCUCUGGUCCUGGGUCUGGUUUGCGCCCAGUGCUGCUGCCGCAACACCACACACACUCCCCGCUCACGCAACAAACUGAUGGACCUGGAGAUGGACUGACAAACAGUUUCCCCCGCACCCACACACUGCAGCGCUCACAGGAAACACCACGCACACAACAGACACACGCCCAUAGACGAUUACUGGGACAGCCAGUUGUUUCCGGGCGACGGACGUUGGGAGUAAAAUGACAUAUCGCUUUUGGGAAUAGACACCUAACUGACCAAUCGCAGUGCUUUAAAGAGGUGCUCAGGAUGUUUUUCAACUCUGCAGUGGAGGAGCAGGGGACUUUUACUAGCACCAACUGGGAAAUAGCCUUUGAGACUUCUGUUUUUAGGAAGAUCAAUUAAAUCUGUGGCGCUUCCAGUUUUACACAGAUAUAUUUGCUCCGUGUUUAAAAUCACAGCACUACGAGAAACUAUGAAUUAAUCCAGAGUUUACUUUUUGAGGAACAGGAGGCGUCUGAGUCAUCACUGCCACUUGGGAAUAAAGGACCACUAAACAGAACUGCUGCCUCUGUAAACACUUGGGAUAACAAAUGAAGGGCUCAGGCUGGACUAUUUUUUUCUUUUUUUUUUUUUGCUUUGUUCUGAUGCCAAGGCUCCCUGCGAAGUACAAUGACCCUUUUUUGUUUCUGAUGAAAAUUCAAAGGGUGGUUGCAGUUUGAGAGACAAAAAUGGCAUUUUUACUUGUUUGAUUGAACACUGUAUCUGCAUGAGGUUAAAUCAAAACCUCGACAUAUCCCUGUCACAUGGCCAACCUAUGCUAACGUUAAUUUGUAUUUGCAGCGACUUGACGGUUUAGGCAGCCUGAGCCUCAUUUCUGUGGAGACUGUGGAGGAACCGUCACGUUCUUAAAGGUGGAAGUAGUCCUAGAAAAACGAGCGUGCUUUCCACACGAGAGGUAUUGCACUACAACUACCAACCCAGAGUAUUCCUACCUUAACAAAAGGACAAUAUUUACCUUUAUUCUCGACUCUAGUUUUUUGAAAAUUAAGAGAUUUUAAAAAUAUGAGAGACAUUUUUAAGCUUUACAAGGAGAUAUGCAGUUAGUGUGUUUGUGUGUGCGACAAUACUAUAAGUGGUGCCAAUAUUUGAACUAAUGGAGGUGUGCUUGGUUCAUAUUGCCAGAUCAACACUUGAACAGCCACUAAAAGUGGUGACAGCAAGCACUCUUGUUUUAUAAAUAUUCAGAAAUGUACCCAGCUGUUAUUUUGCCACAGUCUUGUGUGUGUUUCGUACACUGUGUGAGUGCUGUGCUACAGUAUGUGAGACAAAGAGUUGCAUGAAGUGUUUUAUAAUGCCAGACUGAUGUCAUCCACGAGCAACACAAGCCUUUUCCAGGUUAUAUUUUGAUGGCAUCAAAGUCUCCUACAUCCAGAUUUUUAAACUGAGCUGACACUCCACUAAUCUAGACUUUCAUGUGUUCACAGUGUGAGCAAAAUGAUUUGAAUGUGGGUGGUGCAAGAGGCUCACAUUGCUUCUACGGUCUGUCAGUGGUUUGCAGCUUCAUGUUUCUCAGCUUCAGUUUUGCUUUUUAAAGGAACAGUUCAAUAUUUUUGGGAAAUACUGUCUCUUAUUUGCUUUCUUGCUGAGAGUUAGAUGAGAAGAUCGAUACCAGUCUGUUUGUACACUUAGUUCAAAGCUGGAGUCAUUCAGGUGUUUAGCUUAGCUUAGCAUUAAGACUUGAAACAAAGGGAAACAGCUAGCCUGGGUCAUUUCAAGUGAAAAAAGACUCCAACCAGCAGCACUAAAACUGACUAAUUAAUACAUUGUAGCUUGUUUGUUUUAUCCUAAAGGCACACUUUUGUUUGAUGGGAAGAUGUAUAUUGCUAAGUAUUUCUUGGCUGCACAGAUGGAUAAACUGUUUUUCAUCAAUAAGUAGUUAAAGCAUGUAAUUCUGUUUUUACAUUUCUGUUCAUGUAAAGGGUUAAACAAACAAGACACAUGUUCAUUCAUGAGCUUUAAAGGUGUUAGUAGGCAUAUUUUUUCAUUUGAGAGAGCCAUGCUAGCCAUGCUCUUUAUGCUAAGCUAAGCUAACCAUGUCCUGACUCCAGCUUUGCUUUCUCCAGACAUGAUUGGUAUCAAUCUUCUGACCUCACUCUCAGAAAUAAAGCAAAUAAGUGUAUUUGCCAAAAUAUUCCUUUAAACACUUGAGUUAAAGGAGCAGUCUUAACAUUAUGGGAAAUUCUUUUGUUUGCCAUCUUACCCAGACUCAGAUGAAAAGAUUGAUAUCUGUUAUAUCUCUGCCCAGUAUAGAGAUUUAAGAUGUUUAGCCUAGCUUAGCAUAAAGACUGGAAGUAGGGGGAAACUAUAGCCUAGCCUUUUUGCUGUUUUGCUAAAGCCACCAGUACAUCCAACAAUCUCAAUGGGAGAAUGGGACUAUUGAUCACUUCUUUGAGUCACUGCUCCUGUAAUAAUCGCUCCUCGCUCUCAUUAUCACUCAUUUUACACAACAAACAUAAAUGAGACUUUGAAAUUGUUGACAGGCAUGUUGGUGUAGCUAGGCUAGCAGUUUUCCCUUGUUUCCAGUCUUUGUGCUAAGCUAGGCUACAUCCCAGACCUAUCCCUGGCAACAAGCAUAUUUCUCAAAAUGUCAAACUGUUCCUUUAAUGCAGCUAACUGGCUACAAAAAUCUGGUUUCAGAGAUUUCAACUCCCAACAAUGGAUGCAGCCCUUCUCCAAAUAUUUUUAGAUAUUUGUUUCUCUACUCUUUCAGAGAAAAGUUGUAGAAAACUGGGAGGCUUAUCUUGCACUUAACAGGUGAAAUAGAAAAACAUAUCUGUAGAAAAACAAGAGAAAUCUGCCGCAGACAGCGGUGCCCAACUUGUAUCAGCUGACAUCUGUUGAGUCUCUGUGGUGUUUUUAUAGCAAAUGAAUGAACUUGUGGUGACUGUUGUAUCAUGUUGACUGCUGUGUGAACACACACUUACAGUUUCAGCCACUACACAUACACAGUGAGGAUGUUUCUCUCCAAACCCAGCAGGAUCCAAACAGACCUGUUAGAUUUGUAGAAAGAUGUGCCAGGCUGUUUCCUCCUUAACCGACUGGGCUUUGUUUGAUGUUUUGACAAGUAUUUUAAGCAAAUGUAAGAACUUAAUGAGCAAUAUCUGACUGUUGUCAAGUCACAGCUGAUGUAAAGCUGUACUCAUGACAUAUCGUUCACCCUCAAUCAGCGCUAAAAUAUUCAAAGUUAAGUUGAACCGUAGUUUUAAACUGUUGUUACCAGAUCAGAUGUUACAUAUUCAAACAAUGCAUGUAUCCCCUUCUCAGCUCUGACUAAAAAAUGUCACAAAACCGCCUCAGAUUCGGGCUGGCCAGACAGCCAGCGCAAAGUGGUUAACACUGCUUCCCCAAAUCCAUAAAUACUGCAUCUCUGAAUGAUGGUACUCUAAAGAUUUAUUUCAUAGUCACACAAAUUUGUGACACCUUCAGCUACAGGAAACAACAAGACAAACCUGUACAAAUGUUGUCAUCCUGUAUGCAUAUAUGUACAAUUGAAUCCAUAGUUCAGAAAGGUUAAUUUUAGAAUAACUUCUGCAAAGCACUUCUGACUUCUCUUGAACUUUUUGAAUCAAAUUUGUCCUAAAUCAAAAUAGCUGCAGAUUUCAUCCAGCAAAGGAAAAACUACAACAUUCCUAUUGGAUGACAUUGGAUGUCCAUGCUGGUUAAUUUUCUUCACUUAGAGACAACAAGUGGUCCAAAUAUUGAUAACGAAUAUGUGUUUUGGCUUGAUUGAUGGUGACAGUUAUUUCAGAAACUUCCCAUAGGUCUUCAUACACCCACUCCACAGGUGUGUGUGCCUCUCUGUGAUAGUGCUGUUGCAGUAUUUAAAUAUAGUAGUUUUUGCAACUAAUACACACAUAAACCCCCACCGACACACACACACGCACACACACACAUUCACACACAUACUUGAGGACACAGGUGAAUAACAGGGCUCUGUGCCAAAUGCUCUUAACAGUUAACACACACACACAAAGUAGCACUGAUACACACUACUGAACAUACCACUGCAAGACUUCCCCAGUGUCUUUUUCUUUUGUCAUUUUAUUGCAAUGAGUAUGAUGAAUCAUGAUGAUGUUUUUUAAAUAAAUAGAUUUGUAAGAUGUAUCCCCUUUGUAAAUUAUUUUGUAUAUUCUGAUAUUACUGUGUUUUUUUGGCGAGAAGGAUGAUUUUCAGUAUCGAACAGCAUUUACACUUUUUAAAUCAUGCAGUUUUUCUAUAUUUAAUGUGGUAAAAAUGGGAUUGACAAACAAGCAAAAGCUACAGUGAUCUCAGUGUGUGCUGUUUCGUCUUGAAAAUGCUUGUCACAGUUGAAAAAGUGAUUGGUAUUGCUGAGACAAACUAACUGAUUGUUAAAAAAAAAGAAGGCGCAGGUGCUGUCAUCAGUUUAUUUGAUAAAGAAAUACACAGAGAGAGUUUUAUCUUUCUGUUUGUGUACAGAUUAAACAAAUGAGAUACAUGUUACCUAGUGAGCUGCAGGGUUGAAUGUAGGUGUAUUUUUGAACUUUCCCCUUUGACUAUGUCCUGACUCCAGCUCUGUACUUAACACACAAACAUGAAACUGAUCUUAUCUCGCUCUCGGAAAGAAAGCAAAGCAAAGAAAGCGUUUUUCCCAAAAUGUUGAGCUAUUCUUUUAAACAUAACUACAGAUUUAAAGACAUGAACUGUGUGAAAACUGUGUGCCUACUGAAAUUUCAAUCAAGUCGAACCCACGGAGCAGCAACAGGUUGGCCAGCUGAGAACUCAACAGCUGGCCAAUCAGAGCUCCUGCUGCUGCUCUGUGAGUUAAUAAUACAUUUAAUUACAGAGUAAAGAAGUAGCCAUGGGUGUAGGUAUUGUUUCAGAAGUGGGGGGUAGACCACAAAGUCACAAAAAAACAUUUUAAAAACAAAGUAAAUACUAUUUCCCGCAUUCAUGCAUUUAUAUUAAUCUAGAAAACAAGAAGUAUGAUGAAAUUAGUGACUGUGGUUCCCAUAAUAAUGGUAGUAUACCAAAACAAAGAAUAUUUUGAAAAUUUAUGUAAAUCUCUGUAUUGUAGAUACUCUAAUCUACUUAAAAUCACGUUCAGAGACCUGAUACUUAAUGGUACAUAAUAUUGUAUUUCCAA